AUGGACUCUCAGGACGGAAUCACCGUCCGGUCUAUGAGGCGUAUGGCACCUUUAUACAGGAAAGAUUUGUCGGAUGUAUUAUAUACCUUUGAUAACGAAAGCAAGACUAAUUGUCUUGCUCGUUGGCCUCAUGUCCUCGACAUCCAAACAGCCUACCUGGAUGAGACUACCGCGGUCGGAGUUAUUGAACUAAAAACAUGCAUCCAAGCAAUUGUAUCAGCAAGUCCGGAAUUGGUGGCACAACUUGGAAAGGAUUACACAGUGUACGCAUACGACUAUUCAGAAUAUGAGACCCCUCUCGUGGGGCAAGGAAUGCUCUCAUGGGUCCUAGCCUCUGCUUCACCAACACCAGAGGCACCCGCACACCAAUCCAAAACUAUGGUAACAGGCCGAGUCUGUAAGAACCCAUUGGGCUUAUUUUCUAAGGGUGCAGGCGCCCAAGAAACUUUGGAAGUCAAGCUCCGACUAGUUCCUGUUCCGACUGUUAUGCAAAGCCAAUACCUCGACAGCAUGCAAAAGUACCGUGAUCUUAGCAAUGUGAUCCCACACGAUUUCGAUGCACAGUCCUGGACCAACUUUGUUCGUCAGAAUCCCGGACUUCUGGAGGCCUCUCGAAGCCAGGCACAGGACCGGGGCAACACUAGUUCUCCAAUGGGUGGAUCGGGUAUUGAAAGAUUUCACCAGAUCCUCAGUGAGGGUGCCACUCCUCGAGAAUUUUCUGGCUAUGAGAGAAAUGAAUCAGUGCGCUCAGUUUCUCCUGCGCAGUCCUUUGCUGCCAAUAGCCGAGUAUCAACACCCGGCGUUGCCUACAACCACACCCAACACUCACAACCCCAAUCAAGGCAGCACCAGUACAACCAAAGCAGUGAUAUGAUCCGACCAUCUUCAAGCGCUUCCAUGCGAGACAACGAUUUCCAGAUGCAACAGUGCCACUCGAGGAGAGAUUCGAUACAGUCCGGCUACGCCAGUGGAGGUGAGGAUAUGGAUCCGCAACCCCGAAAGAGAGCCAAGCUCUAUCAAGCAAGCUGGCCAGGAAAGUCGGAUAUGAACAUCGAAAGACAGCCCAGCUCUCUACGAGUAGCAGCCAGUACUGCAGCCUCCGUCCGAAUCCACCGUCCUACACCAGUUAACCCUUCCAUUGCUGCUGAGCAGUCCCAUGAAGAACCCGUUCGCCCUCCAACCCCAAUUAUGCGACCUGGAAAUGGGCCACGUCGGCAGCGUCCCCAAUCAAGCGCACUUCGAGAGUCAUCUGUUGUUAGCUCGUACGCGUCGCCAUACAUGAAUAGCGACGAUAUUCACACAGAUCCCGCAGGCCAAUCGCCUGAAGAGUCUCGCUAUCAAGGCUUGUUUGAGCCUCCAUUCACAAUGCCCUCAUCACCUCCAGUCAUCGCUGCGCGCUUUCCUCCCAAAUCCAGUCCUGUACUACCUCCUCUGACUAUCGAUACCGACUCCGGCUUCAUGAGUGGCGGCCUAGAGGAACUUUUAGAUGCCGAAGGGAAUACUCCCGUUGGGAAUGGGCCAAGGGCUGGGUCAUAUGAUCCGGAUGGUGCAAAUCCUUCUCAUUCUGUCCGAUCUGCUGUGCAAGCCAAUUCGCCAACCAGCGUGGUGGGCACACCAGCUGACAACUCUCACGAAUCUCGACCGAUGAGUGGUGCCCCGACAAACCAAACUCCAAGACCGUCACUACCACCACAACGUCGUCCCGGUUCAUCGGCCAGUUCCAGACCGAACUCACGAAAUAGCGUGCGGUUGGCACCCAAGCCACUGAUGCCCGUACCUCCGAUCGACGCAAGACCCAUCCCUGCAAGCGAUCCUGUCGCGCCCAUUCACCCUCAACACCAGACUCAGAACUCCCCCCCAACCAAUGAGCGAUGUUGUCCUGGUUGA